AUGACGUUAAGAGUCUCAGACUCUGCCUGCCAGACUCCCACAGUCGACACCCCACUACCUAAAUCUCCUCUCCUCUCCUCUCUCGUCUCAGACCUCACUCGAUCGUCUCAGACCCCACUCCCCAAAUCUCCUCUCCUCUCUCGUCUCAGACCCCUACUGACUCGACUCCCUGAGACUCAUAGUGAGUCAGUGACUGUCGACAUUACAUCAGGACCUCAGGUAGCCACCAUCACCAUCGCAGGAUCGUCUCCUGACUCUCCUUCAAUCCUCCCAAUCGUGAGUUCCGACCACCACGACACGGUCCACACCAACCUCGCCGUCGAGAACACUACCAUCAUCCUGCAAAUUCCUAGUUGGAACUUGGAAGUGGUGAAAGGGAAAUUUAAGGCCUGCCAAUCCAAAGAAGAGGUUGAUUCACUGAAGUUUGCUGAGAAGGAUCUCAUUAAUCAGGUAUUCAUGCAUUACGCUCGCAGUGUGGGGCACAUGGGCAAAGAUAGUUCCUUUCUUGUACUGAAAAUUCUGAAAUAGUCAUGCCAUUUCUUCUUGUAGUUUUUCUUUUACAAUAUGUUCAUAAAUUAAUAAGAGGGAUAGAAAACACAAACCUUGGAAAUGGUUAGUGCCGGGCUCCAUUGUUCUUUGAGAAUAUCAAGACAUAUGCUUCCGUUGCUAUUAAUGUUUGGGUGAAAGACCUUGGUCCUAAAUGCAACCUGAAAUGUAACUUGAGUUAGAAUCUAAAUUCUAGACUACCAAGAGAUGUACUCAAUUAACGAUAUUUUGUAUGUUGAUUUGAUUUUUAGAUGUUGGAAGAUGUAAUAUUAUUAUUUUGGAUGUAUUGUUAAUCUAUGAACUUGGAUGUUGGA